AUGCCAGAGGAUGAUGUUUCUUUCGCCGAGUCGUAUCGUCCCGAGACGUCUCCUCUCUUUAACCCGAUCUAUGUCCCUCGCAACAACGCUGCCGCAACCGCGCCUCCAGUUGGAACGAGUCCCGGACCUGCACCUACUUGGCCCUGGCAGCGCGAUGCAUCAACCCUUGACAACACCUUGAACAGCGACAAUUUCGAUUUGCCUGAUGCUUCCCCUCUACCAACAAAGCCUACGUCGCAUGAAACUGUCUCCACUGAAAGACCUGCCGAAGCGCAGGAAGCCUUUUCUCCCCAGCGCGCCCCGCUGUCACCGCCGGAACAGCCAGCCGGCGAGGAGACUGUCGUUCAGCAGGAUACCACAGAGGAAAUCGUACGGGUUGAAAGUGAUAUCGACACGCCAGCUGCCGAGGGGUCGCGAGUCGAGGCUUACGAGCACAGCGAAACCAUUAUUCAGUCAUCAGAGAAACAACCAGAGGGAACACCCUCACAGAACGAGCGCGACAAUGAAGUCACUACAGGCGCUGAUCGCGUCGAAGAAACACCCACCGAUGCUCACAUGGACCUGCUGAGCGAUGCCGAGAAAUUUGUUGAUGGCCAGAAGACUCCCUUGCAAGAGCAGUCGAACUCACCGGAACCCAGUUCAGCCCCGGCGGCAGCACCUGGCAAACUCAGAUCCGCCCUACUUUCUGUAGGAAGAGGAUUGAUGAAGCGCAUGUCAGCACCGGCAGUCGCGACUUCCGAACAAGAUGACGUCCAGACUGGCCGAGCUGUGUCGUCACAGCCUGAGCAGCAGACUGAGAUAGGAGUGUCAACACCAUCCCUUGUCGUUGAGCUCAAGAAGAUGUCAAAUACAGAGAAAGCAUCAUUCACCGAAGUAUCCGAUAACGAGGAAGAAGAUGUGCCUGCAUCUUCCGCCAAGCGAGGUCGACCUCGCAAACAAAGCCUUGCCGACAAGACUACGACAUCUGUCACCAAGUCUGCUCGUGAGCGUCGCAAUAUCGCGUCUGCGCCGGCAUCUCCUGCAGUUAAACCUACUUCGGUCGCAAAACGCGCCCGCAAGUCUAUGCCAGCUAGCACUACUGUCGAUGAAACUCCCAAGAAGCGAGGACGACCGCGAAAGAGUGACGCUGUAGCUACCCCAGCCCCGCCCCCAAGCACUACUAAGAGAGGCCGACCGAGAAAGUCUGAGGCCACUCCAAUUGCUGUUCCGAGCGCAUCGAAACCUUUGUCUGCUAGAGGCCGCAGAGUAGCUAGUGCUAGCAAGGCUGCCGUCACCCCUCGAAGGCCUGCCACCGCUCGUACUCCCAAGACAGUUAUCGGACUGCAGGCAGCCGCAACACCCGCGUCGACCCCUAAGCCACGUGGUCGACCGCCCAAAAAUCCCAAGCCGACGGAAGAAGCUGAGCCUGAAGUUGAGGUACCCAAGCGCGCUGGUCGUACAAGCCAAGCUUCCAACGCCGCUGAAGAUACUCCUGCUAAGACUACUCGUGCUGUAAAGCCACGCGCUGUUCCCUCCCCCGCCAAGCGUGGCCGACCACCAAAGAAUGCUGCUUCCUCUCCUGCCCCCAAGACUGAAACUCAGACAGCCACAAAAAGGGGACGUCGUGCUGCCGCGGAGCCCAAGGAAGAAGCACCUGUUGAAGCACCUAAACGACGUGGCCAUCCAGCUGCCAAGAUAGAAGCACCAGCAACUGAAGAACCCGCCUCUGAGCCCAAGACUCGAAAGCGUGGCCGUCCAGUCGCCACAGAAGAGACCCUCGCUGAGGAACCAGCACCUAAGAGACGUGGCCGUGCAGCCAAGUCUGCUCUAGAAGAACAGCACGCGACUGCUCCCAAACGACGUGGUCGGGCUGCUGCUUCGGAGGCUACAGGAGAGUUGGUAGCUGAGCCUGCUACAUCUAAGAAGCGUGGAGCAGCCAAGACCGCCUCAAAGACCGAAGACACCAUUUCCGAACCUGUGGCACCAAAGAAGCGAGGACGGGGUGCUGCUGCUGCGAAGGCUGUCGAGAAUGUACCAGCCGAGACCACCACCAAGCGUGGUCGUAGGAAGCGAUCUGCGCCCGAACCAGAACCAGAGGCUGAGUCACCUGAACCUGCGACUAAGAAGCGACGCACAACACGCAAAGCUGAGGAGCCUGCUCCUACAAGUCAGCCAGGGCUACUUCUGCUAAGAAACCCGGACGACCGGCCAAAGCUACCAAAGAAGCUGUCGAGGAAUCAGCACCCAAGCGCGGCAAGUCUGCACGUUCAAAGGCUGCUGAGGCCGCUUCCGUUGAGGAAGUGCCUAAGCCCGCCAAGCGAGGUGGAGGCCCUGCAAAGAAGAAGGCAGAGCCAGCUGCUGAAGCUGAAGCUGAAGCCGAAAAGCCCAAAGCUCGUGGACGACCUACAAAGGGAAAGUCUAGAAAGGGCGAGCUUCCAAGCACCAAGAAUGCGGAAACACCCACAGCCAAGCGUGGACGAGGAGCCGCGGCGAAGACAACAGCUGCUCCUGCUCCUACUAAGGUGA